CGACAGGCGGUGCGAGGCCCUUAAAGGGGCCGUUCCCGCCCGCCCUCCCCGCAGCCGUGGGUUCGCGGCCCGGCCGGGCCCACUUCCGGCUGCGGGGCCUGCGCCGCUGCCAUGGCCGGCCGCCUCCAGAAGCUGUUCGGGGCCGACGGGGACUUGGCGGAUGAGGAUUUCCUCUCCGCCGUGGAGGAUGCGGAGAACCAGUUCGUGGUCCCCGGGCGCCUGUCCCCCGGCCAUGGCCCGCCGCCUCCCUGCGCGCAGCCCCUCCGCCCGCUGGGACCCCAGCCUGGUCGCGGUCCCGGUAAAGCCCCUGGCCUGCGGCCCCUGGCCAGGCAGGGGGAGCAGCCCACGGGCUGCGGGGGACCCCCGGCCCGGGGAGCAGCUCCCCAGGAUGAGCUGGACAACGACCUGUUCCUGGCAGCCUGCAUGGAGCUGGAGGGCCCCGAGCUGCUGGCGGGGACCGGGCAGUGGGAGAAGCCCCCGUGGGUGCGCACAGGGCAGGGGAGCCCCCAGGAGCGGGUGGCCCCCAAGAAGCUGCGGGUGGGAGACGAGCUGGUGCCACCCGGCUCCGGCAGGGCAGAGGAUAGGCAGGGCCCCCUGCCCACCCCACAGGCAGCUCCUGCUCCCAAGCUGGUGCUGCGGCCCAGCGCAGCCAGUGCCUGCCCCCCCCAGCCGCCCACCCCCCUGGGAAGCCCAGGUGGCUCCGGGGGCUUCAUCCCCGCACCCAGGGGUCCAGCCCUGAGGCCUUUCCAAGUGCCCCUAUGCCAGCCCACAGCGAGCAGCUCCUCUGUGGGGCCAUGGGUGUCCCAGCCCCCCACUGCACAGGCACCCCGGCAGGGCUGCCCCCCGUCCCAGCUGCCCCCCAGGCCCCCCACGAACCCGCCGGCCUUGGUAAGCAGUGUGGAGCCCCCGCCAAGGCAGCUGCUCGGGCCAGCCCCGGGCAGCUUGCAGACACCAGUGGUCACCAACCACCUUGUGCAGCUGGUGACAGCGGCCAGCAAAGCACCUGGGGCUGCCCCCCGACUCCCACUGCAGGGGAAGACUCGCCGGUUCCCAGGACCAGCUGGGAUCCUGCCCCAGCAGCAUGCUGGGAAGCUACUGGAGAACAUCCUUGUUUCUGCUCCCCAAACUCCAGCUCAUGGGGCUGUGAUGAAACCACGGAUGGAGGGACUGCCCAGCGCCUCACCACCCACGGAAGAGGAUUUCGGGAAAGGCCCCUGGCUUGCCAUGAAGACAGAGCUGGGUCUGGAUGAGAGGGACCCUGGCUGCUUCCUCAGGACCUACAGUGUGGUCAUGGUGCUGCGGAAGGCAGCCCUAAAGCAGCUCCCAAAGAACAAGGUCCCCAGCAUGGCGGUAAUGAUCAAGACACUGACCAGGACCAACAUCGAUGCUGGUGCCGUGUUCAGGGACCCGACUGGAGAGAUGCAGGGCACGGUGCAUCGUCUGCUGCUGGAAGAGAGACAGAGUGAGCUCAGGCCCGGCUCAGUGCUGCUCCUGAAGCAGGUGGGUGUCUUCUCCCCGUCCCACCGCAACCACUACCUCAACGUCACCUCCAAUAACCUGCUCAAGAUCUUCCCACCGGAGCCCGAGGGCAGCUUCUCGCAACGGGAGGUCCCUGCUAAGGCUGGGCUACUCCUGGACCACCACGCACAGCCCCCCCAGGGUGUCCCUGGCCCUGGGGAUGGGGGACAAUCGGGGACAGGGAGCCACAGCACAGAGCAGUCUCCUGGGGGCUUCUCCCUGCACCUGCAGCACCCCGGGCCUGGGCAAGAAGACCUGGUGGGAGCUGAUGCCUGCGACAUGGAUGACCUGGAUGGGCUCCUGGGAGAGCUGCCUGAGGAUUUCUUCUCUGCUCCAGCCCAAGCUGACUGCUGCUGACCUCGGGGGGCUGCAGCAUGGCCAGGGGGCCGGGGAGGCACCAGGAGGUUACCACUGCCACAGCCUGGGUUGCACCAUGGCCCGGCAAGGGAGCUGAGCAAGCAGGUGAUGCAUUGACCACCCACCCGCCUGCUCCUUCCUCAGUAUCGUCAUGUUUGUUCUGGAGCCAAGAGCUGGGGGGACCCAGGGGGUCUUGGGUGGACACGGCCUCAGUGCCUGUCCCCACUCCUGCGGGCAGGCUGGCCCCUCUUGGCUCCCAAACCUGCAUUAAAGGGCUGUUCUGUA